AUGAAUGUGCAACUCGUUUCCGCAGAAGGUGACGUCUUCACCGUCGAGCGGCAAGUAGUAUCGCUCAGUGUUGUCCUAAACAACGCGAUUAAAGAUUACGAUGACACCAGCGAGCUGGAGCCCAUAAAACUGCCGGAAAUCAGCACGCGCAUUCUGGGCAAGGUAAUCGACUACUGCCGCUACCACUGGGACAACCCAGCCAAACCGAUACCUAAGCCACUUAAAUCAGCGCGUCUGAAUGAGUUUGUCUGCCCCUGGGACUUCGAGUUCGUCAACGUGAGUAAGGAGGUUCUUUUCGAGCUCAUCAUGGCGGAAAACUUCUUGGAUAUAAAACCGCUGCUCGACCUCACCUGUGCCAAGCUGGCAUCGAUGAUCAAGGGCAAAUCCGUUCAAGAUAUCAGGGACGAAUUCAACAUUGUUAACGAUUUCACUCCAGAGGAGGAGGCCAGGAUUAGGGAAGAGAACAAGUGGUGCGCUGAGUUAUGA